AUGUUGCAAUCAAGUUUUUUAAUUCAACCCAUAAAAAGGUUUAAUGUUUCAUCACCAACUUAUAAGAAACCUGUAGAAAUAGGUAAUUUUAGUUAUGACGAACAACGAGUUUUGCAUAUGGAUGAUAGAGAAAUGAAAUAUUAUCAUCCACCAGAUUUAAAUAAUUGUGAUCUCUCGGAUGGAUAUGAAACAUUUAUACAAAGAAAUGGAAGUGGGAUAGAGCCAAUUCAUUCAUUAAUAGAUGCAAUAGAAUAUUCUAAAUCAUCAGAUAAUAAUAAAAAUGACAAUUUAUAUACAGCUGAUUUGGUUUCGUGGAGAGGAGUUUUCACAAAGAUUUUAUGUGCGCCAUAUAAUAAAAAUGAACCUUGGGAACUAGGAGCUACAUUAUGGAAUCACACGAUAUUUUUAGAAGAGCACGAAACGGAACAAACCAGAGAACGUAAUUUUGGAAAUUCACCUCGACAUAAAUUAAUGAUUUAUUGGGGAUAUAAAUUUGAAAAUUUGAGUACUAUCAAUAAACCAUCUUCUCAAAUUACUUCACCUGAUGACCCUGAAUUAAUUAACCGUAAAUACACGGUGGUUAAUACCAAUACUCAAUAUUGUUCAGUGGCAAAAACUACGUUGGGUAAUACUAGAAUAAUAAUGGGAGCUGAAGUUGAUUGUAUUUCUGAUACAAAACCAAUAGAUUUAGAUAAAUCAGUAGACAAUUAUAUCGAAUUAAAAACUACUAAACUUUUAGGAAAAUCUAAAGAUAUUUACAAUUUUGAAAGAUAUAAAUUAUUGAAAUUUUGGGCUCAAUCAUUUCUAAUUGGUAUACCUAAAGUUAUUGUUGGAUUUAGAGAUGAUAAUGGAUUCGUUAAACAAGUAAAAGAAUAUAAAACUUUGGAAAUUCCUCGAAUAGUCAGAGGAAAAUCUGGGAUGUGGAAUGUAAUAGUAAUUAAUGAUCCAAAAUCAUCUUACACUAUAACUUUUAAUAAUCCAUUUCAAGAAAUUAAAGUAAAAUACGCUGAUUUAGGAAAUUCUGUUUUAGCUGAAAGACAUUAUAUAAAAUGA